GUUGUUGUUAGCCACCUGCCUGCAGCAGCAUCAUCAGCGGUCAAACAAGUAUCACCCAGUGUUUAAACCUGCAGCUUUAGGUUGUUGUAGCUGCUUUAAAGUCUCUUGUGUCCCGUCAUCAUGGACGAGGAGUAUUAUGGCGGCGCUGGAGACUGGGAGGGCCCGGACAGUAACAUGGAGGAUGGAUACGUCGAAGGAGAAAAUGAUGGGAAAAUCCAGGAAGACUGUCUGCAGAAAUUCACCAGCAGGGACUACAUCAUGGAGCCUGCAAUCUUCAACACCCUCAAAAUGUAUUUCCAGGCAGGCGGCUCUCCAGAACACGUCAUCCAGCUUCUCUCUGAAAACUACUCCGCUGUGGCUCAGACCGUCAACCUGCUGGCAGAGUGGCUCAUCCAGAUGGGUGUAGAGCCCGCUCAGGUCCAAGAGCGAGUGGAAAAUCACCUCAAGAGUCUCCUUAUAAAACACUUUGACCCCCAGAAAGCUGACUCCAUUUUCACGGUGGAGGGAGAGACUCCUGCGUGGCUGGAGCAGAUGAUAGCACACACUACAUGGAGAGAUCUCUUCUACAAGCUGGCUGAGGCUCAUCCCGACUGCCUGAUGCUCAACUUCACUGUAAAGCUGAUUUCAGACGCAGGUUACCAGGGCGAGAUCACCAGCGUGUCUACAGCGUGUCAGCAGCUGGAGGUCUUCUCCCGGGUGCUGAGGACAUCUCUGGCUACGCUGCUGGAUGGAGGAGAAGAAAACCUCGAGAAGAACCUGCCAGAGUUUGCUAAAAUGGUGUGUCACGGCGAGCACACCUACCUCUUUGCCCAGGCGAUGAUGUCCAUCCUUUCUCAGGAGGAGCAGGGCGGCUCAGCUGUGCGUAGGAUCGGUCAGGAGGUGCAGAAGUCGGCACAUGAGAGAGGUCAUGAUGCCAGUCAGAUCACUCUUGCACUGGGCACAGCAGCAGCUUACCCCAGAGCCUGCCAGGCACUGGGUGCCAUGUUGUCCAAAGGAGCCCUGAAUCCUGCAGAUAUCACCGUUUUGUUCAAGAUGUUCAGCAGCAUGGACCCUCCUCCUGUGGAGCUGAUCAGAGUGCCUGCCUUUCUAGACCUGUUCAUGCAGUCGCUGUUUAAGCCCGGAUCAAAGAUCAACCAAGACCAUAAACACAAAUACAUCCACAUCCUGGCCUACGCUGCCAGUGUUGUUGAGACAUGGAAAAAGAACAAACGAGUCAACAUCAAUAAAGAUGAGCUGAAGUCGACGUCCAAGGCCAUCGAGACUGUACACAACCUCUGCUGUAACGAGAACAAAGGUGCUACAGAGCUGGUGGCUGAACUCAGCACUCUGUACCAGUGCAUCCGGUUCCCAGUGGUUGCCAUGGGGGUUUUGAAGUGGGUGGACUGGACAGUGUCUGAGCCGCGGUACUUUCAGCUGCAGACUGACCACACUCCGGUUCAUUUAGCUCUGCUGGAUGAGAUCUGUACGUGUCACCAGCUGCUGCAUCCUCAGGUCCUCCAGCUGCUCAUCAAGCUCUUUGAGACAGAGCACUCUCAACUAGACGUCAUGGAGCAGAUGGAGUUGAAGAAGACUCUGCUGGACCGAAUGGUUCAUCUUCUGAGCCGUGGCUACGUCUUGCCUGUAGUCGGUUAUAUUCGCAAAUGUCUGGAGAAACUCAACACGGACAUCUCCCUCAUUAGAUACUUUGUCACUGAGGUUUUGGAUGUGAUUGCGCCUCCCUACACAUCAGACUUCGUUCAGCUCUUCCUUCCCAUCCUGGAGAACGACAGUAUCGCAGGAACGAUCCGCACGGAGGGAGAACACGACCCUGUCGCUGAGUUCAUUGCUCACUGCAAGUCAAACUUCAUCAUGAUCAACUGAUGCUGAAAGGACACUGGAGAUGUUGUUGGAAAUUGCACCAGGACGACCAAACAGAGACCAAAGAUCUGUUAUUUGGAUGAUAAUCAAACGCUUGAAGAGAGACUGCUCAGUAUGAAUGGUGGAUUUGUUUCUACUGAAGCAAAUUUCGUUGAGAAUUAUGGAAAAGUGCACAAACAAGACAGAAUGGUUGAUGGAGGAGCCUCUGAGAUGCAGCUACACAUUUCACUUGUAAAUUUAAUUCUUUAUAUUUUAUGUUGGCUUUGAAUUGUUUUAAAAUAAAAACCUGAAAAUGUA